CCGCCGAUUCCGAUCCCGUGCAGUGCGGCACCACCGUUGACGCGAACUACACGACAGCAUCGAUUCAUCGAGCCCGUCACCGUUAGUACCUAACCGCCCGCGCACGACCGCGCACUAACACGCGCCCUCCGCUCACCCGCCGCCGACGCCACGUCGUUCACGAAUACAUUAUUAUUAUUAUAGUUUUUAAAAAUACCCGCCGCCACACGCGUUCGUUUCAAUCGCGACCAAGACGCCGCGCCGAUCCGAUCAAAUGAUGCUGGACAUACUGCACCGGCACGUCGCCAGGGACAUGGAUGGGUUUCCCAGGAUCUCCAACUCAGACGGCGACUGCGGUGAUGGCCCGGCGAGCUGCGAUGGCUGCGGGACGAAGAUCGUGGACAGAUUCUUGAUGCGAGUGGGCUCGAGCAGUUGGCACGAGCAGUGCGUCACGUGUUCGGCGUGCGGCGUCCCGCUGUCCAAGUCGUGCUACUACCGCCAUAACGGAUUGUACUGCAAAAACGAUUAUGACAGACUGUUUGGCGUCAAAUGCGGUCGGUGUGGCGAACCACUGGGAGCCAGAGAGCUCGUGAUGCGCGCCGGACCCAGCCACGUUUAUCACGUGGGAUGUUUCGCGUGUGUGGCUUGUAUGCAACCGUUGCAGAAAGGCCAGCAAUACGUGGUCAAAGCUGGCGGUGGACAGCUAUUCUGUCGCACGGAUUUUGAAAAAGAAAUAUUUUUGAUGCAACAGACCGUGGGCAGUCCGCAACCAGACGACGGCCUUGUUUUGGAUGAGAAUUGUAGGCCUCGAGACGGCCGCCGAGGACCGAAAAGACCCAGGACCAUAUUGACUUCGGUGCAACGGCGGCAGUUCAAAGCUUCUUUUGAAGUCAGUCCUAAACCUUGUAGAAAGGUCCGAGAAGCGCUCGCAAAAGAUACAGGCUUAAGUGUACGAGUGGUACAAGUAUGGUUUCAAAAUCAAAGAGCUAAAAUGAAGAAAAUCCAACGGAAAAGCAAACAGGACGAUAAGAACAUGAAUAACAACAAUGCAAACAACACGGACAAAAAUGAAACGGAACACCCGACCAACACCACGUCUAGUGUAUGUUCUGGAGAUCAUUAUUUGAGUUUGAGUACGUUGAGCAUGCACGACAGCAGCGAUUCUAACUAUCAGAACAGUCAACCGCUGAACCCCAACAUACCGUACUCGCCCGAAGGUACGUACAUCGGCGAUCAUUCGGUGGACAGUUUCUGCAGUUCAGACGUGUCGCUGGACGGUAGCAUAACCGCGGCGGACGAGAUCGGUUCAGACACCAUGUCACUAGACCUUUCCGUAGCUCACGGCACGGGCCAUCACCCGAACGUACAACAGCAGCACCACCAACACCAUCACCAUCACCAUCACGUCGGCGGGGCUGCGUCUGCGGUUUCAGGCCAGCAGAUCAAUCCGAUAGACAAGCUGUAUCUAAUGCAAAACUCGUAUUUCAAUAGCAACGAUCAUUAGACACCAUAAUAUAUAGAUGGUUGGAUGGUUAUACAGAGAGAGAACCAUAACACGAGCUGUGUACAAACAUACAUAUUAUAUUAUAUUUAUAAAUAGCUACGGUCGCAUAUCAGGACCUUAUAGCCUGUAUAUUAUUAUUAUUAUUAUUAAAACAGUAGUUCUCGCCUUUA